AUUUGCACUUAUGUGAACAGUCAAAUAACGUUCCCUCAAAGAUUACGAUACAAUUAUAUACCUGAUUCUGGACUCUGGAUCACACUUUUUGUUCCUGCCAAUCAGGACAAGAUAACAUUCUCACAUAAAUGUCCAUGCUCUCCCGCAAGAAUACCAGUUUAACGAAAGCUUGUAAUUGUCAACACACAAAUAUUAGCGAACUUAGCUUAAAAGGUCAAACAAAAGGCUUGGUGAUUGUGGUGUCUUUGAAAUUAUUCCAACUCGAAAAGAAUGACCAAAAUCGCACUUAUCACGGGCGCCAGUUCCGGUAUUGGAGCCGCAAUUGCCAUUCAAUUGGCCAAAGAAGGACAAUACUCCUUGGCUUUGGUGGCCAGACGGAAGGCUAAGUUGGAGCAUGUCGCUCAAAUGUGUUUGAAAGAGGGCGCCAAAGAGGUACACAUUCUUCAAAAGGACCUCUCUAAUCUGGACGAUUGCAAGACUGUUAUUGAGGAGACUGUCGAACAUUACAAAGGAUUGGAUGUGCUGAUUAGCAAUGCUGGAAUCAGUAAACCAUGUGCUCUGAUCCCGGACAGGACGGUGAAAGAAGCCCAAGAAGUGAUGCACCUCAAUUACUUGGUGCCGUUUGCAUUGACACAAAGUGCCCUUCCUCAUCUUGUAAAGUCGAGAGGAUGUAUUCUCUAUGUUGGAUCAGUUUUAGGAAUCAUGCCAGCCGCCAAAAUGGUCGAUUAUUGCUCUUCCAAAGCAGCUCUUCAUGCCAUGGCCAAAUGUGUGGCACAAGAAUAUCUUACCAAAGGAGUUCGAAUCAACGUCGUGGCACCUGGCGCCAUUGCUACAGAUCUUCUCGGCGAUAUAAUGACUGUACCAAAUGACCAGAUCUUGGACGAUUUUGGAAGUUUGUGUGUCCCAAUAGGUCGUCUUGGGAAAUGUGAGGAGAUCGCCGACCUAGCCGCCUACUUAGUUUCCGAUAAGAACCGAUUCAUGACUGGAUCUGUGAUCGUCUCCGAUGGAGGCCAAUGUGUAGAUAAGCUUGAAGGAGAAUACAAAGUAGGAUUGGCGCGGGAUAAGCUGUUGAAAGAACGUGCUGAUCAUAAGUAAUAAAGACGCCAUUUUGAAAGUGUAUAUGUUUA